GGAUAUGAGUGACUCAUCUGGUUGCCCCUGCUGCUCUUUGGUUGCAACGGGACCGAGGCUGCAGCAAGAGCAUCAUCACAGAUUGAGCACAAGUUCCGAACUCCACACGCGUUUCAUUCAUAUGACUUUGCCUUCACUCGGGUGAAAAAAAACAAAAAAAACAUUUACAGCAGUGGAAAUGCUUACCACCGUUCACACUUUGUAUUCAAGUUACGAGAAUUAACUUGACUGAAGACGCAUCGUAAAAGGACAGAGGGAGGACGACAAUGGGGGCCGUUGGUGUCUCCCUCCAAGUGCUACUGUGGCUCAGACUGUGCGGCCUCAUCUCUCUGGUGACCUCCCUGAACCCAGAUGAUCCCAACGUGUGCAGCCACUGGGAGAGUUACGCAGUGAGUGUCCAAGAGUCUUAUGCUCAUCCAUUCGACCAGGUCUACUAUACUCGCUGCACUGACAUUCUCAACUGGUUCAAAUGCACAAGACACAGGAUCAGCUACAAGACAGCCUACAGAAGAGGUGUGAGAACCAUGUACAGGAGACGCUCUCAGUGUUGCCCGGGUUUCUAUGAAAAUGCAGACCUGUGUGUUCCUUUGUGUACUGAGGAGUGUGCCCACGGUCGGUGUGUCUCUCCUGACACCUGUCAAUGUGAGCCUGGCUGGGGAGGACUGGACUGCUCCAGCGCCUGCGAAAGUGACUUCUGGGGUCCCCACUGCACUAAUCGCUGUCAGUGUCGGAACGGUGCCAAAUGUAACCCAAUCACAGGAGCCUGCGUCUGCAGAGAUGGCUAUCAGGGCUGGCGUUGCGAAGAACCGUGUGAGCCCAACUUAUACGGCAAAGACUGUCUGCUUGAGUGCCAAUGCCUGAACGGUGCAACAUGCCACCAUGAAAGCGGCGAGUGCCUCUGUGCACCUGGAUACACCGGGGCCUUUUGCGAGGACCCUUGUCCACCAGGAAAGCACGGCUCCCUGUGUGAGCAGCGCUGUCCCUGUCAGAAUGGUGGAAUGUGCCAUCAUGUGACUGGAGAGUGUUCCUGUCCUGCUGGUUGGGUGGGUCCCGUGUGUGCGCAGCCAUGUCAGUUUGGCUCAUUCGGCAUUAACUGCACCCUGGAGUGCACUUGUCGUAAUGGAGGCCUGUGCGACCACAUCAGCGGCCAGUGUCAAUGCACUGCUGGCUACAUUGGAGAAAGGUGCCAGGAUGAAUGUCCAGUUGGAAUGUAUGGACCGCAGUGUGCUCACAAAUGUGACUGCCAGAAUGGGGCUAAGUGCUACCACAUCAACGGGGCCUGUCUUUGCAAUGAGGGCUUCAAAGGUCCAAGCUGCCAGGACCGCUUCUGUCCAGCUGGAGUAUAUGGACCCCUCUGUGACAAGGACUGCCCCUGCAAACUCGCAAACACACUCAGCUGUCACCCUUUGUCAGGAGAUUGCACCUGUGCAGCAGGAUGGACAGGACUAUUCUGCAACGAGACCUGUCCAGCAGGUUACUACGGUGAAGGCUGCAAAGAAGUGUGUGACUGUGCUAAUGGAGCCGACUGCGACGGCGUCACUGGAGUGUGCAUCUGUGCGCCAGGAUAUAUAGGCGAGGACUGCUCUAUUAUCUGUCCUGCAGGCCUGUAUGGAACCAACUGCACAUCGUCAUGUUUCUGUCAAAAUGAGAUAUCAUGCUCACAUGUCGAUGGCUCGUGCAUCUGCAGAGAAGGUUGGCAAGGGGUGGACUGCUCCAUCCAAUGCUCCAGUGGAAACUGGGGUCUAACCUGCAAUCAGACAUGUCAGUGUGCUAACGGGGCAGCCUGUGACCCUGUUAAUGGAACCUGCUCCUGCUCUCCAGGCUGGAGGGAUGAAUUGUGUGACAUACCGUGUCAUGAGGGAUCAUAUGGUCUGAACUGCAAAGAGAGAUGUGACUGUGCAAAUGCUGAUGGCUGUGAUCCGGUAACUGGCUCUUGUCGCUGUGUCGCAGGUUGGACAGGUGUCCAUUGUGACAGUGUGUGUGAUAAGGGACAUUGGGGACCCAACUGUUCUUACACCUGCACCUGUGUGAAUGGAGGCUCGUGCUCCCCAGAGGAUGGCACAUGUGUGUGUGCUCCUGGUUACCGUGGCACCAACUGCAGACGAACAUGUUCACCUGGUUUCUAUGGCCAUCGCUGUAGCCAGUCGUGCCCUCAGUGCAUCCACAGUGAUGGGGCAUGUCACCACGUCACUGGCCACUGCGAAUGUUUGUCUGGUUUCUUUGGCACCCUCUGCAACCAGGUAUGUUCAAGUGGAAAAUAUGGUAAACACUGCGCCGAGACGUGCUUGUGCACAAACAAUGGCACUUGUAAUCCCAUUGAUGGCUCGUGUCAGUGCUACCCUGGAUGGAUUGGCGAGGACUGUUCCAAAUCCUGUUCUCAGGGCUCGUGGGGUCCCGACUGCAUUCACACAUGUAACUGUCACAAUGAUGCCCAGUGUAGCCCCACCAAUGGAGAGUGUGACUGCAGCCCUGGAUGGACAGGGCUCUUCUGUACUCAGCGCUGCCCAACAGGUUUCUACGGCGCUCAGUGUGCUGAAGUUUGUCACUGUCAGAACGGGGCUGACUGUGACCACAUCAGUGGGCAGUGUUCAUGCAGGACAGGGUUCAUUGGAGAGAGCUGUGAACUUAAGUGUCCUGCUGGGACAUUUGGUUAUGGCUGCCAGCAACUUUGUGAAUGUAUGAACAACGCCACAUGCGACUACGUGACAGGAACCUGCUAUUGUAGCAUUGGAUUCAAAGGCAUCCGCUGUGACCAAGCAGCCCUGUUGAUGGAGGAGCUGAACCCUUACACCAAGAUCAGCCCUGCUCUUGCAUCCGAGCGUCAGUCAGCAGGCGCCAUCCUGGGCAUCAUCUUUCUGCUGCUGCUCAUUAUGGCCAUGCUGGGUCUGGUGGUUUGGUUGCGCUACCGAGGCCACCAUAUCCCGAGUGUCACCUACACACCCACCCUGCACAUCAACUCCACUGACUACUCCCUCUCAGCAGGGCUUCAGUGCACUGGCCCGCUCGCUUCUGCAGAGUCGUCACCUUGUAACAGCUCCAUAGGCCACUGCUUCUCCAACCCCAGCUACUGCACGCUGGGACCCUGCACCUAUGCCGCCCACUAUGCCAAACCGGACAAGAGGCGCUCCACCAAGAUGAAGGCCAAACGACGACACAGGAACAGUGCUCCAGAGUGGGGAGCCUAUUGUAACCUCAGUGAGAUGGGUGUAUACUGCAUUGACCGGCGUUACAGUUACCAAGUGGAGCCGCGCAACAGAGACUACAUGAAGAGCUCCAUGUCCAGCACCUGCUCACUCAACAGUGAAAACCCGUACGCCACCAUCAACGACCCACCUGGUUUGGCGUGCAAACACUCGGAGAGCAGCUACGUGGAGAUGAAAUCACCAACUCACCAUGAACACAUCACGCACCACUGUGCUGCUACCAUCAUGAACAUUUCCAGUACCAAUGUGCCUGCCAAGAAUGUCUACAAUAUGGAGCCCACCAUCAGUAUCAUCCCAGGAGCUGGAGGUGUGGUGGUGCCCAGUUACCCACAGAACCCUUAUGAUCUGCCUAGGAACAGCCACAUCCCCAGCCACUAUGACCUGCUGCCCGUGCGGCCCAGCCCCUCGCACAGCCACAGCCCUCCUCUGCCUGGAAGCCCCACUGGCUCACUGCUCUAGAACACCUCCCACACUGGAAACCCACCCAUCCUGCCUGCCCCUCUGUGAACUGGACUGAAUCCAGUUUGAAAUAACUUGGAAACUGUGAAGAGGCAGUUUGUUUUUUGUAGUUUUCAGUAAGUGGGGGUUCCAAAGGACAACAGGUGUGAGAUGCAGUGUCCACUACACUGCACUGCUAUUUCAUAGUUUAUCAUGUUUGAAUUUAGGUGUAAAACUUAUUUGUUUUCAUUGUCCCCCCCCCCCAAAAAAAAAAAAACAAAACAAAAAAAAAAUCAGUAGAGGAAAUAUAGGUAGGUAGGUACAGCAGUGUUCCUUUUUGUGGAUGUUUUUCAUAUAUUCACUGGUGGAAUAGAUCUCCUGGACACAUGACACACACACACACACACAAAAUUUGUGUCAGCAAGUUAGAUUGAUUCAGCUUACUCAACUCUAGGUGGACACUGAAAAGGACACACACGCACACAAAGCAAGCAAAAUUACCACAGCAUUAAUAAGCACUAUUUUUACACAAUCUUUCCAGUUUACAUUCUUCUUUUUGUAUGUAUUGUAGAAAAAAAUGUCUUAGCUGUACACUUUGUCUACUUGUAAUUGUUAAUUUUUGUUGCAUCAGGGUGAAUACACAUGCAUGCCAAAUAUUAUUGUCGUUAGCCAGCAAUAUUCUUAUUACAUCACUUGAAGCUAAUUUUGUCAUCUGCCAGACUCCACAUUAGACUGUCACACUGACAUAGCAGUUUCCAAUGGGAUGAUUCGAUAUAAAACAAGACUGAUUAAGACUAAUAUUCAAGCAACGUCUUGCUAGUAUUCCGGUGCAACAUACAGACUGCGUUCUUCCCUUUUGUGGCAAUGUUAAAUUUUUAUCAUUAUUAUUAGAGAUCAAGUAGAACUUUAAUAAAUGUAGGAAGCCAUACUCAAACAAAUCAGUACUGUGAACCUACUGCAAAUCAGUUCUUCACCACUCAAAUUAUCAUCUGUUAUUGUUCCAAAUUGAUCCAGUUUGUAUAGCGGUACCUUUUCU